AUGUCAAUAACGGGUCCAUCAGUUGAGAAUCUGGAAAAGUCAAAGGGGUUAUGGAGAGCAGCCUAUGUUCUAAUAAAGAAGUUGGAUGCUGUUUAUCAUGGUGGGAAGGCGAUUAAAACAGUCUUCAGUUAUGAGGCUUAUGGGCAUAGGUUGAGACUAAAGGAACUACUUCAAAAACUAAUGUUUAUGGAUUUAAGCACGAAUUCUCGAAGAACUGAGGAGCUUAUUUGGCGCAAAGCAUUUUACGAACCUUAUUUCCUGUAUAAAGUUUACAUUAAGAACAAUGAUCAACAAGACCGUAUUAAGUUGUUUGAGAAUAUGCUUGUCGUUCAUAUCCUCAGUGCUAUAGGAUACUAUCAGUCUCUCAUUUUAGCUUUCCAAUCACAGUUAGGAGAUACACAAUCUAAUAACUUAUGUUCAUGGAUCCCAAUAGCUUUGCAUAUCCCUCUUUACUGUGGAGUGUUCUUUGAGUUUGAGGAAAAGCAUAAUCCCUCCAUGGAGAAUAAGUCUGCAAUUAUCAAGUUGAUACACAAAUGUCUGACAAAUAUCGGAGACCUAUUUCGCUAUCUAAUUGAUUUCGGUGAUUCUAACGCUAAGCGACUUGCUUAUCGAUAUUACAAAGCGGCUUUUUAUUUUGAUCCUCUUAUGGGAUUGCCUCACAAUCAAUUGGGUAUUUUAGAUGUUGGACGUUGCUACGGCCUAAAUGCUGUUUUCCAUUAUUUACGUUGCUUAACAUCCCGUUCGCCUUUUGAGGGUGCUAAAGGAAAUCUCAUCACUGUAUUGGCUAAAAAUGAGCUUCGUUAUGGCAUAAUUAUUCGCGAAAAGCCGUCUAAAAGUUCACGCAUCCGAUAUGCUUCUUAUUUCAGACCAAAAGAUUUCCGGAAGACUAUCAUGAAAUUCAUCUACCUAAUUCAGCAGUUCCUAAAACCUGUAGAGUCUAGGGAUCCAGCAACAGAAAGUAUUUUUCAUGAUGUACUUGCGGAACUACAUUCUUCGUUACUACUUACUGAUCAUUUAACUGUACGAUCUGAAAGUAUUACUUAUUCAGAACAUAUUAAUACCAAGUAUUUAAAAAUGGGCGAAGUUAAAGAAAAACCAGAUCGUGUAGAUGAAACAUCUGAUCAGUUGACAGGACCUAUUUUUAUUAGAAUGCUACUUAUUUCUAUACUUACUUAUGAGUAUAUAUACCAGCUUAACUUAGAAGAUCGCAGUAAAUCAAGUGAGAAAAAAUUAGACGAAAAUUCGAAUAUAGAGAACAAUUCUCCUCAAGAAGCUGAAAUCACUUCAGCCUUUACCAGUUUGGUGACUGGUGAAGAAGAAAAAGCCAUUCAGAUUGAUUCUUCCGAUAAUUGUUCAUCUGCAGUAACUAAUAAAUGUGAAUCAUCUUCAGUUGUGGCUAUACCGGAUCUUUAUGAACCUUUAUCAUUCGCUUUGAGCAUUGGAGAAACUCUAUUUAACUCAUGUAUGUAG